UUUGCUCGCAUUGUGCCACCAUCACCACCACCACUCUCUUUUUCUCUCCUUUGAUCUUCAACCCAUUUUAACCUUAUAUAUCAACCAAUGUCCCUCCCUAUAACACAAGGGAAAACCCUCCCCGAUGCUUGGGACUAUAAGGGUCAUCCCGCCGAGAGGUCCACCACCGGUGGCUGGACCAGCGCCGCCAUGAUUCUAGGUGUGGAAGCAUGUGAGAGGUUAACAACUUUAGGUAUAGCUGUUAACUUAGUGACGUACUUAACGGAAACCAUGCAUUUAGGCAAUGCUACCUCGGCCACCACCGUCACCAACUUCCUCGGCACAUCUUUCAUGCUUUGUUUACUCGGUGGUUUCAUCGCCGAUACAUUCCUUGGAAGGUAUCUCACCAUCGGAAUCUUCGCCACCGUUCAAGCGACAGGUGUAACCGUCUUAACAAUCUCAACAAUAAUCCCAAGCCUAAGGCCACCAAAAUGCACAAGGGACAACGCCACAAUAUGUACCCCAGCAAGUGGCAUCCAACUCACUGUUCUCUACUUAGCCCUUUACCUUACAGCUCUUGGGACUGGAGGUCUAAAAUCGAGUGUUUCCGGGUUUGGGUCGGAUCAAUUUGAUGAUUCGGACCCCCAAGAAAAAUCCCAGAUGACCAACUUCUUCAAUUGGUUCUUUUUCUUCAUAAACAUAGGUUCACUUUGUUCAGUGACCAUUUUGGUUUACAUCCAAGACAAUUUAGGACGUGAAUGGGGAUAUGGCAUUUGUGCUUGUGCUAUUGUGAUAGGGUUAGUGGUGUUUCUAUCGGGUACAAAGAGGUACCGGUUUAAGAAACUGGUGGGGAGCCCAUUGACCCAAAUUGCUACAGUCUUCGUAGCUGCCUGGAAAAAGAAGCAUUUGGAGUUGCCAUUGGAUCCAUCGUUGCUUUUCAAUAUUGAUGAUGCAGCUGAGGGGUUGAAGAUGAAGAAGAAACAAAAAUUGCCCCACACCAAAGAGUUCCGUUUCUUGGAUAGGGCAGCUAUCAAGGACCCAUCUCUUAAUGAUCAGGCAAAUAAAUGGAACUUGGCUACAUUAACAGAUGUUGAAGAAGUGAAAUUGGUACUAAGGAUGUUACCUAUAUGGGCAACCACUGUUAUAUUUUGGACCGUAUAUGCCCAAAUGACAACAUUUUCAGUAUCACAAGCCACAACCAUGAACCGUCACAUAGGGAAAUUUCAAAUCCCACCAGCGUCACUCACUGUAUUCUUCGUCGGAAGCAUUCUCUUGACAGUUCCGAUUUACGACAGGCUCAUCGCUCCAAUCGCUAGAAAAUUACUUAAAAACCCACAAGGGUUAACCCCUUUACAAAGGAUCGCUGUUGGUUUAGUUUUAUCCAUUAUAGCAAUGGUAGCAGCAGCAUUGACCGAAAUAAAACGAUUGAGAGCAGCAACUACGAAUGGUCUUGCGAAUAAUCCAACCGCUCAAAUCCCAUUAAGUGUCUUUUGGUUGGUCCCUCAGUUUUUGCUUGUAGGGGCUGGUGAAGCCUUUACAUACAUAGGACAACUUGAUUUUUUCUUAAGGGAGUGCCCAAAAGGGAUGAAAACAAUGAGUACGGGUUUAUUUUUAAGUACACUUUCAUUAGGGUUUUUCGUUAGUUCAUUAUUGGUUACUAUAGUUCAUAAGGUGACCGGAAACAAGCAUCCAUGGCUGCCAGAUAAUUUGAACCAAGGGAGACUCUAUGAUUUCUAUUGGCUUUUAGCAAUUUUGAGUUGUUUGAAUUUGGCGAUUUACCUGGUUUUUGCUAAAUGGUAUGUGUAUAAGGAUAAGAGACUUGCUGAUGAAGGGAUUGAAUUGGAAGAAUCAGAAACUGCUUUCCAUUAAACGAAAGUAAUCUUCAUUUAAGAUUUUGUGUUUAUGUAACUUUGUAUAAUUAGUUGCCAAGUGCUUCGAACUUUAAAUAAGUUUGACCCUCCCUUUUUGAUGUACAAAAAGAAUAUGGGAAAGGAAGUAGCAAAAGUAGAAUUCCAAGCAAAAAUAAUAAGAGUUUCUUUCCUUUU